AUGACCGUCACGGUAGGAAUCGCUGGCAUCACCGGCAAGUUCGGCCGUCUGCUCGCCAGCCAUCUUCUCAAGAACCCCAGCGUGGAGCUUCGCGGGUACUGCAGGAAUGCGGCCAACGUGCCGGCCUUCAUCACCGGCGCCAACGUCAAGAUCUUCGAGGGCGGCGCCUUCGACUCCCAGGCUGUGCGGCCCUUCGUCGAGGGCUGCGACGUCGUCGCCUGCGCCUACCUCGGCGACGACAAGCUCAUGGUGGACGGCCAGAAGGUGCUGAUCGACAGCUGCGAGGAGAACAAGGUGCCGCGCUACAUCGCCAGCGACUACUCGGUCGACUUCACCAAGCUCGAGCUUGGCCAGCUGUUCCCCAAGGACCCCAUGAAGCACGUCAAGGCCUACCUCGACACCAAGCAGAACGUCAAGGGAGUCCACGUCCUCAUCGGUGGCUUCAUGGAGACCCUGACCAGCCCCUUCUUCGGCCUGUACGAUGCCCGCGGCCCGACCUUCCGCUACUGGGGCGACGGCACUGAGGUCUUCGAGGCCUCCACCUACGAGAACGCCGCCGAGUACACCGCCGCCGUCGCUGCCGACACCAGCGCCGUCGGCAAGCAGCACUUCCUCGGUGGUGCCGCUUCCGCCAAGGACCUCGCCAAGAUCUUCGAGGAGGUCCACGGCAUCAAGCCCAAGCUCGAGAGCCUCGGCACCCAGGAGGAGCUCUACACCAAGAUGACCGCCCUCCGCGCCCAGUACCCCAACGACAUCUUCAAGUACAUGGCCCUGUACUACACCUACUACAUGAUCAGCGGAAAGUCUCUGGUCGGUCCCCGCCUGGACAACGACAAGUACCCCAACGUCAAGCCGUUCACCUGGACGGAUUUCAUCAAGCAGCUGCCUGUGUCCAAGUAA